UGAAAAAUCGACCACAACACCGCCUACCAAAGGGCUCUUCGGCUCGAUUCUUCCCGGCUGACGUUACAUACACUUUAUCGCCGUUUCUGUUAGUUAAAAUGAUUAUUCCGACAACUUCUGGUUCUGACAUUUUGUGGAAACUGAACUGCGCGUACAUCCUAGUGGGGUGUCUGCUGCCUGUUGUAGACACGCACAACAAUAAUUGUAAGGUGAUCCAACAUCCUAACUAUACAACGACCUAUGAACUACCUGAAUCUCUGCCUUUGGCCAAUUGCGAGACCCAGUGGUUGGAUGAAAACAUGACUGUUCUUGCCAAUGACAAAGAGAGAGAUGAAAACUGUACUUUGGCUCAGACCAGUCACUCCAUCACUGUCUUAGGCUGCCUGGACAGACUGACCUACUCAAUGGACUGCAUGCUGACUGUGGCACCAUUUUGGGAGGUGCAGUGCCUCACUAACUGCAGUCAUGGACCUUACAAACCUGCCACCAAUCGCCACAGUAAUGACCAUGUCCCCAUCAAUCAAGAUGCUAGGAACCACACUGUUGUCUGGGUGCUGAUGGGUGUGGUUGGAGUCGCCGUGUUACUGCUGGGUUUGAAAUGUGUCUGCAAGACAUGGAACACGACGUCGACCCAACACUGUUCCUCAGUGUGACGCUGGCUGGCUGGCUGGAUGUUUGGGUUGGUGGAUGGGGGGGAUGGUUUAUUGCAAUGCAACUGUUUGAGUGUUUAAGAGUUUCCUGUAAUGGUCCUGUGGCAUGACAUAGCACGUGUUACAUUCUGAGACAGCUUUAGUAAACUCAUUCUGACUGUGGAAGUCUAGAGUCUCCUUCAGCUGCACCAGCGAGUGCACAAUGAGUAACUAGGCAUUAUACAAACUAUUAUAAAAUAUUACUACUCUGGGAAAUAAUGUCUCAGAAUAAUAUCUCUUGUGGUUUUGAAGAAUCAUAUACGGGUUACAUGAAUACUGUCUCAAGGAUAUGAUCAGGGUUAGAUUUCAGACCCCUUAAUAUAUACACUAUAUAUGAUCAGGGUGAGACGUCAGACUACUCCCUCUACCCCCUAAUAUAUACAAUAUAUAUGAUCAGGGUGAGACGUCAGACUACUCCCUCUACCCCCUAAUAUAUACAAUAUAUAUGAUCAGGGUGAGACGUCAGACUACUUCCUCUAUCCCCUAAUAUAUAUGAUAAGGGUUAGACGUCAGACUACUUCCUCUAUCCCCUAAUAUAUAUGAUAAGGGUUAGACAUCAGACUACUUCCUCUACCCCCUAAUAUAUACAAUAUAUGAUAAGGGUUAGACAUCAGACUACUUCCUCUACCCCCUAAUAUAUACAAUAUAUGAUCAGGGUGAGACGUCAGACUACUCCCUCUUCCCCCUAAUAUAUAUGAUCAGGGUUAGACGUCAGACUACUUCCUCUACCCCCUAAUAUAUACAAUAUAUGAUCAGGGUUAGAUGUCAGACUACUCCCUCUUCCCCCUAAUAUAUAUGAUAAGGGUUAGACGUCAGACUACUUCCUCUAUCCCCUAAUAUAUAUGAUCAGGGUUAGACGUCAGACUACUUCCUCUAUCCCCUAAUAUAUGUGAUCAGGGUUAGACGUCAGACUACUUCCUCUACCCCCUAAUAUAUACAAUAUAUGAUCAGGGUGAGACGUCAGACUACUCCCUCUUCCCCCUAAUAUAUAUGAUCAGGGUGAGACGUCAGACUAUUCCCUCUACCCCCUAAUAUAUAUGAUCAGGGUUAGACGUCAGACUACUUCCUCUAUCCCCUAAUAUAUAUGAUCAGGGUGAGACGUCAGACUACUCCCUCUAUCCCCUAAUAUAUAUGAUCAGGGUGAGACGUCAGACUACUCCCUCUACCCCCUAAUAUAUAUGAUCAGGGUGAGACGUCAGACUACUUCCUCUAUCCCCUAAUAUAUACAAUAUAUAUGAUCAGGGUUAGACUUCAGACUACUCCCUCUACCCCCUAAUAUAUACAAUAUAAAUGGAUACUACAUUGAAAGAUGACUUCUGUUCGCCAUAUAUUGUUUUAUUGAUCAGAAUAUAUAUUGUUUUAUUGAUCAGAAUAUACUCUAUGUACCUAUUUGCAGAACACACAUUUCAGUUGAAUGCAUUCAGUUGUACAACUGACUAGGUUGUCUUUCCCUUUAUUUUGUAUAAUAUUGUAAAUGCUGUACUCAAAUUUAUACAUAAUAAUGUAUUUCAUUAUAUAUAUACACACACACACACCUCAGUAUGUGAUUAAUAUUAUGCACAAUAAUUGUGCCAAAUGAAGAAAAUGCAACUUACAUUGCAAGGUUGGGGUCACUUCCUUUUCAAUUCAGCCAAUUCAGGAAGUAUACUGAAAUUCAAAUUUCACAUUUCUCAAAUUGGAAUUUCAGUUUACUUCCUGAAUUGUCUGAAUUGAAAUGGAUUUGACCCCAACCCUGACUUAACCAUAUGUGUUAAGAGUAAGUCUAGAGUAAGACAUUCUUUUGAGAUUGAAACCAUUGUGGAUUUGAGGGAGACCUAUGAAAUGUUUUGUUUUUUUGUGUGAUCAUUCCAUGGGUUACUGUCCUUACAUGCUAUAUACAGUUGAAGUCGGACAUUUACAUACACUUAGGUUGGAGUCAUUAAAACUCGUUUUUCAAUCACUCCACAAAUUUCUUGUUAACAAACUAUAGUUUUGGCAAGUCGGUUAGGACAUCUACUUUGUACAUGACACAAGUAAUUUUUCCAACAAUUGUUUACAGACAGACUAUUUCACUUAUAAUUCACUGUAUCACAAUUCCAGUUGGUCAGAAGUAUAUACACUAAGUUGACUGUGCCUUUUAAACAGCUUGGAAAAUUUCUGAAAAUGAUGUGAUAGGCUAAUUGACAUAAUUUGAGUCAAUUGGAGGGUUACCUGUGGAUGUAAUUCAAUACCUACCUUCAAACGCAGUGCCUCUUUGCUUGACAUCAUGGGAAAAUCAAAAGAAAGAAGAUCCUGGAGGAAACGGAUACAAAAGUAUCUAUAUCCACAGUAAAAUGAGUCCUAUAUCGACAACCUGAAAGGCCGCUCGGCAAGGAAGAAGCCACUGCUCCGAAGCCACUGCUCCAAAACCACCAUUAAAAAAAGCCAGACUUCGGUUUGCAACUGCACAUGGGGACAAAGAUUGUACAUUUUGGAGAAAGGUCCUCUGGUCUGAUGAAACAAAAUAGAACUGUUUGGCCAUCGUUAUGUUUGGAGGUGGAGGCUUGCAAGCCGAAGAACACCAUCCCAACCGUGAUGCAUGGGGGUGGCAGCAUCAUGGUGUGGGGGUGUUUUGCUGCAGGAGGGACUGGUGCACUUCACAAAAUAGAUGGCAUCAUGAGGCAGGACAAUUAUGUGGAUAUAUUGAAGCAACAUCUCAAAACAUCAGUCAGGAAGUUAAAGCUUGGUCGCAAAUGGGUCUUCCAAAUGGACAAUGACCCCAAGCAUACUUCCAAAGUUGUGGCAAAAUGCUUUAAGGACAACAAAGUCAAGGUAUUGGAAUGGCCAUCACAAAGCCCUGACCUCAAUCCUAUAGAAGAUUUGUGGGAAAAUUUGAAAAAGUGUGUGCGAGCAAGGAGGCCUACAAACCUGACUCAGAGCUGGUGGAACUGUCAGGAGGAACUUAUUGUGGGAAGCUUGUGGAAGGCUUCUGGAAAUGUGUGACCCAAGUUAAACAAUUUAAAGGUAAUGCUACCAAAUAUGAAUUGAGUGUAUGUAAACUAAUGACCCACUGGGAAUGUGAUGAAAGAAAUAAAAGCUGAAAUAAAUCACUCUACUAUUAUUCUGACAUUUCACAUUCUUAAAAUAAAGUGGUGAUCCUAACUGACUUAAAACAGGGACUUGUUACUAGGAUUAAAUGUCAAGAAUUGUGAAACUGAGUUUAAAUGUAUUAGGCUAAGGUGUAUGUAAACAUGACAAAGCUAAAACAAGUUUUAGAAAUGUGUGUGUGUGUGUGGGUCGGUGGGUGUAUAUCUAUAUAUCUAUCACAGUUAAAUAAGUAUUCAGACCCUUUACUUUGUUGAAGCACUUGGCAGUAAUUACAGCCUCAAGUUGUCUUGGGUAUGACUACAAGCUUGGCACACCUGUAUCUGGAGAGUUUCUCCCAUUCUCUACAGAUCCUCUCAAGCUCUAUCAGGUUGGAUGGGGACUGUCGCUGCACAGCUGUUUUUAUUUCUCUUCAGAGAUGUUAAAUCAUGUUAAAGUCCGGGCUCUGGCUGGGCAACUCAAGGACAUUCCGAGACUUUUCCAGAAGCCACUCCUCUGUUGUCUUUCUUGGCUGUGUGCUUAGCGUCGUUGUCCUGUUGGAAGGAGAACCUGCUCCAGAGCGCUCAAGACUUCAUCAAGGUUCUCUCUGUACUUUGCUCACUUCAUUUUUCCCUCGAUCCUGACUAGUCUCCCAGUCCCUGCUGCUGAAAAACAUCCCCACAGCAUGAUGCUGCCACCACCAUGCUUUACUGUAGGUAUUGUUUCAUGUUUCCUCCAAAUGUGAGUUCAAUCUUGGUUUCAUCAGACCAGAGAGUCUUGUUUCUCAUGGUCUGAGAGUCCUUUAGGUGCAUUCUGGCAAACUCCAAAAUGGCUUUCAUGUGUCUUCUACUGAGGAAUGGCUUCUGUCUGGCCACUCUACCAAAAAGCCCUGAUUGGUCGAGUGCUGCAGAGAUGAUUGUCCUUCUGGAAGGUUCUCCCAUUUCCACUGAGGAACUCUGGAGCUCUGUCAGAGUCACCAUCAAGUUCUUGGUCACCACCUUGACCAAGGCCCUUCUCCCUCGAUUGCGCAGUUUGGCCGGGCGGCCAGCUCUAGGAAGAGUCUUGGUGGUCCCAAACUUUUUCCAUUUAAGAAUGGAGGCCACUGUGUUCUUGGGGAUCUUCAAUGCUACAGACAUUUUUUUAGUACCCUUCCCCAGAUCUGUGCCUCAACACAAUCCUGUCUUGGAGCUCUACGGACAAUUCCUUGAACCUCAUGGCUUACUCUGACAUGCACUGUCAACUGUGGGACCUUUAAAUAGACAGGUGUGUGCCUUUCCAAAUCAUGUAUAAUCAAUUGAAUUUACCACAGGUGGACUCCAAUUAAGUUGUAGAAACAUCUGAAGGAUGAUCAAUUGAAACAGGAUGCACCUGAGCUCAAUUUUGAUAGCAAAGUUUCUGAAUACUUAUGUAAAUUAGGUAUUGAUGUUUUUAUAUUUUAUACAUUUGCUAAAAUUUCUAAAACCUGUUUUUGCUUUGUCAUUAUGGGGUAUUGUGUGUAGAUUGAGGAGAAAAAGCAUUAAUUUAAUACAUUUUAGAAUAAGGCUGUAAUGCAACAAAAUAUGGAAAACUCAAGGGGUCUGAAUACUUUCCAAAUGCAUUGUAUUUUCACUGUCUUCGAGUACUUAUUAUUUUAGUCAGUUCCAUUUUAUUUAAUCAACAGUGUGUUGACCAACUGUGUGGAAAUUAAAAGCUGGAUGAGUUAAAUGCAGUUGAGACCUUGGGCUCUAUUCAACCUGUAUCGCUGAAGCCUUACAGAUUGUGCAAUAUACAUUUUAAAGGUAAUUUCUGUUUAAAGCGACAUGCAAAGCUUACCGUGAAUGCAGUCUUCACUAACGUGGGAACAUUGCCUUUAAAUUUCAAUCGCGCUGUAAUGCUGAACUUCUGCGAUACGGCUUGAAUAGAGCCCCUUAUCUCAGUCUUAACACGCCUUUCUUAUCAUCAUCCCAAUAAUUAUUUGAGCAGCCCUACCGCCAAACCUGUUACGGAAGUCCCCUGAUUUCCAAUGCUGUGAGGGAGGGAGGGAGGUAGUGCCCGAGAAGGCCCUCUCUUUCUUGCUCUCUCUCCACCUCCCCCUUUUCCCCCUCUCUCUCUCUGAACUCACCAAUGACAGGUCAGAACAAACAGUUCAUAACUCAUCAUGUUAUCCAUCUUUAUAUCAGUCUUUACUUUGCCCUACUGCUGUUCAACAGCUUCUUUUUAAAGAUUAAACCAUUUAUGAUGUGUUAAGUUCUGUCUUAAUUUUAGUGGUUGCUGUUUCUCGUGCUCAUUUUCACUUUUAAUAAACUUCAUGAAUGUAA